CUAAACUGAGUCCUCCUCAGCUACACGUGGGUUCAUUCACUGAGUGUAGCCUCCAGAGGAGGAGGCAACGCGUCUGCUAUAUGCGCAAAGACCAAAAGCGUGCCUUAAAUUACAGCUGAGACAGCUAUGCUGACUGUUAGUUUAACGCCAUGAGAUUCAAUCUUUAGUAAAGAGAAAAGCGAGGACAGGACCAUCAAGUGAGCGGGCGCCCACAUCCUGUCAUCUACGCCUUAAGCUGGGCUCCAGACCCACAGGCUCCUUCACUGUCUCUCUGCAGAGUCAAACAUUCCUCCACAAUGGCGCUUUCCUCCGGGCUAAAAUACGUGUCUCUGGGGGUUCUGGUGCUGCAAACCACCCUGCUGGUUCUCACCAUGCGCUACUCCCGUACCCUGAAGGAGGACGGUCCUCGCUACCUCGCCUCCUCUGCCGUGGUGUCAGCUGAAGUGCUCAAGAUUUUUACAUGCACUCUCCUCGUCUUCAGCGAGAACAAUUUCAGCUUGAGGGCAAUGUAUGAGCUGCUGAACGAGGAGAUUCUGAACAAGCCUGUGGAGCUCGUGAAGCUGGCCAUUCCUGCAGGGAUCUACACUCUGCAGAACAAUCUGCUCUAUGUUGCCCUGUCCAACCUGGACGCAGCCACCUAUCAGGUCACGUACCAGUUGAAGAUCCUCACCACAGCUCUGUUCUCUGUCUCCAUGCUCGGGAAAGAGUUGGGCUGCUACCAGUGGCUCUCCCUGCUCUUCCUCAUGGCCGGGAUCACUCUGGUGCAGUGGCCCGUCGAGUCUCUGGGCGACUCUGAACAGAAUGUAAUGUCUGCAGGCUCGCAGUUUGUGGGCCUGAUGGCCGUGCUGAUGGCCUGUGUGUCCAGUGGUUUUGCUGGAGUUUACUUUGAGAAGAUCCUCAAAGAGGCAAGCCAGGGUCUGUGGCUUCGUAAUAUACAGCUGGGUUUGUUUAGCUUUGUGUUUGGCUUCAUAGGCAUGAUGGUGUAUGAUGGCGAAAGUGUCAAGCAGGCGGGGAUUUUCCAGGGAUACAACAUUAUUACCUGCAUAGUUGUUGUCUUACAGGUUGUGCAAUGGUGUUUCACUACAGUGCAUCAUUUGACUUCCAUGAGUUUUAUGGCAGCAUUUGUGGAGUUGUUCAUGUCUGCCUUUGUGUUGUUUGCAUGUCGUCAGGCUCUCGGCGGGCUGAUCGUGGCUGUAGUCAUUAAAUAUGCUGACAACAUCCUCAAAGGAUUUGCCGCCUCACUAUCAAUCAUAGUGUCUACACUCAUUUCGUAUUUCCUGUUGAAGGACUUUAAUCCCACAAGUGUAUUUUUUCUAGGUGCAGUACUGGUUAUUGCCGCCACAUUUCUUUACGGCUAUGAGCAGAAACCUGCCAGCAGCAGCACCAACAAAGUGUAAUCAGAGACUUGCGUGAAUUGUGGCUCUACGAACUGUGACCGGGAAUUUCCUAUAUGAAAAAUUUCAUUACCGAAAAAGUAACAACAAGUUACUGGCAAAUACAGUCUUUUGGAAGUGGGCCUUCUCUGAAAAAGUGCACAAUGGAUGAUAGCAGUGACUCAUGUGAAAUACAUCUGAUAGUAAAGCUAUUGUUUUGAGCAUGUCAGGUUAACUCAACAGCACAGAAAAGCAAACAGUGUAAGGUGAACAGAAGGACAUCAUAAGCAAACCUUAUCCUUGCUGGCAAACUAAUGUGAAACUAGUUAAUGUGUGUCAGUAUUAGAACUGUGACGUUCCACCUGAAGAGGUACAGGUGCCGCAUUUAAGCUUUGGGGUUCUAAGCACAACAGCAUAUUGCACUUACUAGAUCCCCACAAGUACCUGCUAAAAUAAUAUAACAAAGGAGCGCAUCAUAUCAGAUGUCUAUAAUCUGUCUGGAUCCUUUUCAUCAGCAUUCGCAUCUUAGGCCAUGGACAAAGAUCUGGAAACUGAAUCUCUGCAGAACUGGAAAUCAGGUUGUGCUGGAACUGUUGUGACUGCGAAUAUACACUCAGUGGCUAGUUCAUGAGUUACAGCAUGCUAAUGUCCAGGUUGAACCCCCGUUUGCAUUCAGAGCUACUUUAAUUCUUCUUGGCAUGGAUUCAACACGUUAAUGGAACAGCUACUGUGGAUUUGUCAACUGCACAUCCAUGACGUGAAUCUCCUGUUCCACCACACUGCAAAGGUGCUCUAUUGGACUGAGAUCCGGUGAGUGUGGAGGCUGUUUGAGGACAGUGAACUGUCAUGUUCAAAAAACCAGUUUGACAUGAUUCUCGCUUCAUGAUAUUGUCAAUUAUCCUGUUGGAAGCAUCCAAAGAUGGGUCAUAAAGAUAUAGACAGGUUUGGCAACAAUACUCAGGGCUGUCAUACACCCAAUUGCUUGUGUUCUGCUUAAAGUGUGCCAGGAAAAUACCUGUAAAACUGUCAUGUAUUAACUGUAACCUCAGUGUCUUAGCUGACAGCAGGUUCGACGUGUUAUGCAUUCAGAGAUGUUCUUCUGCCUACCUUGAUUGUAACAAGUGUAUAUUUGAGUUGCUGUAGUCAUCCUGUCAGUUCAAAGCAGUCUGAUUAUUCUCUUCUGACCUCAACAGGGCAUUUUCACUAGCGUGAACUGUUUUUUACCUGUUUGGAUCAUUCUUUAUGAACUGUAGAGAUAGUUGUGUGUGAAAAUAGACCAGCAGUUUCUGAAUUACUCAGACCAGCUUGUUCAAAUUCAAUGAAAUCACUUUUCUUCCAAAUUCUGACACUCAGUUUUCGGCAGCUCAUCCUGACUAUGUCUAUAUGUCUAAAUGAGCUGAGUUGCUGUGAUGUGAUUGGAUGAUCGUAGAUAUCCAAUGAGCAGUCCAACAGGUGUACCUAAUGAAGUUGCCGCUGAGCGUACGCUUAAGAUAGGCUACAUUCAACAUAUUCCAGACACUGCCAAACACGGUGUGCAGAAAACUUAAAACAUGUCGCGAAGCGGUCAGACUGACUUCGUCUUUUUGUUGUUGUUUUUUUUAUACAGAACAACAUAAAUAUGGCAAACAUUAUCAAACAAUAAAGAACCUCAGUCAUAAACCAGAUGUUACAUGCUGGAUAAGACAGAUAACGUCUUCGUUCAGAAACAAACAAAAGCAUAUAUUGUAAAUCACAAAGAAAAAACAUUUGGGCACUUUGGGACCUUUCAUAAACUUUCUAUAAGUCAGUCAUUUAGUCUGUUUAAAUAACCAGUUCUUGGCAUCCAUGUGGUGUUCAGUUUGUCAUAUGUUUUGAAGGGGCAAAAACAUUUUUUUUCCUAUACUUGAACAUUUUUUCUGAAAGGGCAAAAGAGCUUUUUGUAUUAUCAGUACGAGGAGCUUGUGUGGUUUUUGUUUGUGUGAUUUCGUUCUUUGACAUUAGUGGGCGGUGAGGUUUUCUAAGUAAUAAUAAAAACAUUGUUUGGGAACGAAAGAACCGUGCAGUCAUGAGAUAAGAAAUACUGUGUGUUCAUUUACAAAGCAAACGGGAGGCGAAUCCUUGACAGCACUUCCAUCUAGUGGUGGAAGGAGGAGUAAACUUGCUGCAAAGAGGAGGGGUUACCUCUGU